AUGAGGGUCAUGACGAUGGAGGAGGCCAUGGUUGGCCUCCCGGUGCCCGGCGAGGGCCGCGUCAAGUACUUGGUGGACACGUUCAAGCGGCUCCUCUCGCUGGGUGGCGGCGGAGGCGGAGGUGGCCUCACAAUGCGGAACAGAGACGCGGUGAGGAGGAGGAGGAAGGACGAGGCAACUGCGACAGCGACGGUGUCGUUGCCUUGCCGUUCCAAUUCGUAA